AUGUCUUUACCAUCCAACAUCCCACCACCCCCUCCCUUGUUCACCACUCCACCCAGGUCAUCGAUCAGCAGCGUCGACGACCACACAACGUUGAGUUCAAACAUUCCUCCUCCUCCUCCAUUUGCAUUCUCUUCGAACUCGGUCACCUCCGUUCCGCCUCCUCCUCCUCCGUCUUCCAUGUCUUCUUCAUCCACCACUUCAAAAAUACUCCUCAUUACCACUCCGAGUGUUCCCAACAAGGGUCAUUCCAUUCUCGAAAAGUGUCUCUCCGAUUGCAUUCAACAGAGUCAUGACUCGAGAGCACCCGAUCUUGUCAUUACUCCGGAGCAUUGGAUUUCUUCGGGAUCAUGCACAGUUCCACCCUCUCAACAUUCGGAAGUAAUGGAAAUUGCACGAGUACUUUCUCGUUAUCAUUGUUAUGGAUUUAUUGGAAUGACUUUGGUGGAGAAUGUCACAAAUUCAAAGAAUUCCAAGUCAUUUUCGGUGGAAUAUCAACGAUUCAAUGUGGUCACAGUGAUUAAUCCAAAGGGACAAGUGUUGGGAGUGUACAAGAAACGACAUCCGACAGCUCAUGAAACUGCUCUCUCCAUCGGAGAUCGGGUCGGAAUCUUUGAUACCAUAUAUGGAAGAAUUGCAGUCUUGAUUUGUUUUGACAUUGAGAGUGAAAAUAUUUUACAAGAAACCUUACUGUAUCAACCCAAGAUCAUUGUAAAUCCGACAUUUAUUGGAGGAGGUGGACUUUUUGAUUCAAAUCUCAAUUUAACACCUCAAGAUGCAGAACGAUCGAGAUACUUUCAAAUUAAAACCUCUUUGGAAGCAUUUGGAAGAAAUUUCGAAAAGACUUGUGUGGACUCGAGAGUGACAAUUAUUCGAUGUGACACAGCAGUCAUGUCAGGUGGAAGAGAUGUGAAUGAGAAUGAUUUUUCACAUGAAACGGCAGCUCCACCUCGAGAUCGUUCCGAUCAAGCAGAUAAUGUGGGUGCAAGAUAUGUCAUGUAUUCAAACGAGAGACAACGUUCAGUCUUGUUGAAUCGAAAAGAUGUUGUUCAUGAAAAGGAUGUAAAAGUGACAACGACAACAACAACACCUUCUUCUUCGUCACUUGCGGUGAAUCCUUUUGGUGUGAAAUUUUAUGGUCACAACAAGUAUAUUUGUCAUGAUCAGGAACGAGUGGCCCUCGUGAAUGCCGAUGUUUUGUUUUGUAAUGAAGAAUUGGAUCGGCUUAAUAUUUAUGAAACUUUUGGAGCUUUCAUUGAGGAUAUUUUGUGA